AUGUCUCCUAUUCGUGUCGGUCUAAUCGGUCUGUCUAGCGCUGCAGGAGGCGCCUACGGCGGCACCGCGUGGGCAGCCUGCGCUCAUCUGCCCUACCUCACCAAGUCCCCUCAUUUCAAGGUAGUCGCAUUGCUGAACAGCUCCGUGGAAUCUGCAAAGGCAGCGAUCCAAAAAUAUAAUCUCCCUAGUGAAAUAAAAGCCUACGGUAAUCCUCAAGACCUCGCCGACGACCCAAAUGUAGACCUCGUCGUAUGCAGCGUCCGAAUGGACCGCCACUUCCUCACAGUUCGCCCGAGUCUGAUCGCCGGGAAAGCUGUGUACGUGGAAUGGCCCCUCGACCGCAACUUCGAAGUGGCCAAGGAAAUGGCUGCCCUUGCAGCAAAACAUAAUGCCAAGACCCUCGUCGGUCUCCAGGGCUCUUAUGCUCCCAUCGUUCGUAAGCUGCGAUCGGUUGUAGAAAGUGGUGAGAUCGGCCGCAUUUUGUCAAGUACGGUGCUGGGCAGCUUUGGCAACAAUACCGAUGCGGAGAGCGAGAAUGUGCGGUAUUUCCUUGAUCGGGAGGUCGGGGGGAGUCCGAUGACGAUUCACGUCGGUCAUACUAUAGAGACUGUUACAUCUGUUCUUGGACAAUUUAAAAAGUUUAAUAGUUCCUCGUGGAUCUCCCGACCUACGCUGGAUAUCAAAGAUUAUACCACCGGCGAGGUCGUCGAGGCCGCUGCCCGGAAUACGGUCCCUGAUCAGAUAGUCGCGACUGGGAUUACCGAGUCCUCUGAUGCCCAGGUGGCCAUUCGACUUUAUGCUGGUAAGGAAUUUCCGGGUCAGCCGCGGUUGGAUUGGCGAAUCCAGGGAGAGAAGGGUUGGGCCCGUUUGACCUCCCCGAUGUUUUUCUUAAAUGUGGGGUCUACCGAGACGAAAAUCGAGAUCUCUGAUAAUGAAACGGGUAACGUCAGGGAGGUAUCCGGGGAGGUAGAGGCGGAUGAAUGGGAUGAGCUGCCGACUCCAGCGCACAAUAUUGCUCGUCUCUACGAAGCGUAUCGACAGGAUGAGUGGGUUCCUACCUUCGAUUGGGCGUUAAAGAGGCAUGAGACGAUCGAAGGGAUGUGGAAACAGUUUGACGAAGAUACCAAGCAAGUCUAA